AUGACACAACUUUCUCGAUCCAUGUUCAUGUUUAUCACAUGUUGUUAUGCGAUAUAUAAUGCAAAUGAAUUGCAAAACGUCGCAUAUGAUCUCGAAAUUGCUGAGAUACCUUUUGGAUUCGAAGAUUUGGAAUUGGAUGGUGGAACACUGAUGGAAAAGAUGCCGAAAAAUACAUUGCUGGGAAUAUUUAAUGUUGACGAAGCGAGCUCAGCGGUUGUUGCUAGUGAAUUUGGACAAAAGUUCAUAUGUUCAUUGCCAAAAAUUCCAUCAACAAAAACGAGUAAUAGAUCUAAAUCAAAUUUAACCAUGAAUCUGAUUUCUGAUGUCAUAGCAGCAAGUUUCUAUGUGCAAAACUGUAUCCGGAAAAAUACAGGAUGGUGGACAUAUGAACUUUGCUAUAACGAAUAUGUGCAACAGUUUCGUCUUGAAGGUUCAAAAAUUGUUGGAAAAACUAUUUCUUUAGGACAUUAUAAAAAUAACUCGGACAUAAAUUUAUCAAAACAUGAAAGUGAAAAGCUACCGUAUUUUGAACAAAUUUAUGAUGAUGGAACAGUUUGCGAUGUGACAGAAAAGUCGAGGCUUACACGUGUAUGGUACAUGUGUGAUGAGGCGUUAUCAACAAGCGAAGCAUACAUUGCUGAUGUCGAUGAGCCAUCUUCAUGUGAGUAUAUUAUAAGAGUGAAAACAGGAUCACUUUGUAAGUUGGAUCUCUUUCUAAGUCAGAGUAAACCGCGUGAUCCUUUAUCUAUCAUAUGUCGUCCUCUAUUGGAGCAAAAAGCUGUCGAACAAUACUUGGAAAAAGUAACUAAGGAAAAGCGACAAAAAGAAGAAGCUAAGAAGGAAUCGGGACUUCUCAUAGCACAUGCAGAUAGCAUUCAACGACAGCGAUAUGCUAGGAAACGUUUGACAAAAAGAACACCGAAGAGUAUAAGAGAAAUGGAAGAGACUGAGAAAGAGCUCAAAAUGCUGUAUGAAGAUAUAAUGAGGUCAAUCACGAAGCUGAAUGUUGAUGUCACAAAAGUAAAAGCAGACCUACAUUUCAUAUACGACGACUUGCAUGAAAUGGAAACACGUUACAUUACCGAAGCGGACGAGGAUCGUGGAAAUAUAUAUUGGUACUUCAAAGAUCCGUAUUGGGAUCGUAAAUUUUUUCCCGUUACUUUUGCAUACUCACGUGGCAGAAAUAACUACUAUCUGAUUAUGUCAUCAUUCCUGAAAAAAAUAGAUGAAGAAUAUGACGAGGAGAAGAUGUCAUACUCAAAAUUUUUGAGCGAUAUCGAUGAAAAAUUGGUAACAGAAGCAUAUUUGAGUGUAAUGAUCGGUUCGUUAAGAAAGGCUUUUCAUGAAGGUAUUUUCCCGGACAUUGUAAAUGAUGUGGAUGAUGUAGAAAAUCCAUUUCUGGCAGCAAUAUGGAGUAACGCUGAGAAGCAGCUUGAAAUAUUGCAGCUGUUUGAAUACAAAGUUUUGAAAUUGCUAAGGCGAGGAGUAGAAUUUACGGCGGAAGAUUUAAUGUCGCAUGUUGCUCGACAACUUCUCUCUGUUCGCGCGUUGUUACUAAGUGACAGAAGUGAUUAUAAUUUUGACAGAAAACUCAAUUAUAUUGUGGUCGAAAAAAUGUUUCUGAAAUUUAUGCAAAGCUACAAUCGUGCAGUAUUGCGUUAUGACAAAAAAUCGUGGGGUAAUUUUAUGAAGCACACUUCAGUCGAAACGUUUAGAAUGUUUGAAAAUCCAAAUAUGUUUCUUGCCCGAAUUGAAGAUUUGAGUCCCAAAAAUGCUCAUCUUUUCUACACGGAUAAUACUGCAAUUAAAGGUUGGGAAACAACUGAAGAGGCGAGUAUUGAUAAUAGAAAAGGAGUCCAGAAUGUCAUGAGUAGGGAAGAAAAAGCUUCGCAAUUAAGAAUGCUUGAAAGAGCUAGAAGAAAAAACUUGAGGAAGAAGGUUGAGCUUUAUUUGCGAUCAAAGAAAACAGCAAAAAAAAGUGAAUCAGAUGGAACAUUAUUUCACGAUGGUUUUGAUGACUUGCGAAAACAGCUCUUUGUUUUCAAAAGUACACUAGAAGAGAAAAUCCGAGAAACAGGUUUAAUCCAAGGGGCGGAAGUCAAAGUGCAGCUGGUUUCUCCUGUUGGUAAUGUUAUCAGCAGUACGGGCGUCGGAGGAUUAGAUGGUGAGCGUGUAAAUGCCGUGCUAAAGGCAUUUUUCCUUGAACAGGACAGUGUUAGUGAUGAAGAGAAUCGAUAUGAUCGACUGGCACGGGGUUAUACUUAUGGUGCCGGUGAAGAGGAGGGAGAGAAAGUGAGAAAAAACGGUGAUGAUGAUGAUGAUGAUGAUUUAAAAUCAAGCAUUUUGCCUAUUUUAAAACGGAUCUUGCCUUAG